AGUGUCAGGCAGUCUGUCGGUGAGUCCGGAUUGUAGAUGAUUGAGCAGAGAGACCGGCGAGCUCGUGUGUUCCAAAUAAUUUCCGGUUUGUCGUGGCUGUCACACCAAGGAAAGUUCGUGCUCUGCUGGAGACAUCAUCAGUGGGGUAUCACUGUGAUUUAUUUUUUUAAUUAUUAUUGCAAAUUCCUCAUUUAUUAAUUCUACCUAAAUUAAUCAAACAACCCCUUUUGGCGCAAUGAUCUCUGUGCUAGUGAAAAAAAAUUAUUGUUGUUUAAAAAAUAGUUCAUUUUAAUUAAAACAGUGCAGUGUGGAGAAACAAUAGGGUCAGUGAGCUUAAGAAUUUUGUGUGGAAUUUUCAUCUCGUGAAAUUAAAGAGAAAACAAUAUUAUUCUCUCUAAUCAAACAAACGGACUUUCACCGCCAAUUUUUUUUUCUUCACGCACAGAUUGCAAAUCUUACAUUGUGAAUGUUAUUGGUUGCAGUGAGUGCGAGGUGUUGCAUACCAAAUGAUCAGGAAUAAUCGAUGUUGUAAGAAUUUUCACUACCAUCCGGGCCAAGGAGAAGCAGAGAAAAUUGUGGAAAAGUGUAGGAUUGGAGUGCUUUCGAAUCCAUCAUAGAAGUUGAAAGAAAAAAAGUUGAGGGAGUUAGGAAAAAGUUAUAAUCUCUGCGUAUUUGUGAUUGAUACUGAUUGAGAGUAAUUUUGGGUGUCUGUGCGUGGUGUUCCUUCAAAAAGUAACACGUGGAGUUUUUCGCGACCGGAAGUUUCACUCAAUUUUUCUUCCUGUUUUUUUUUUCUUCAACGUGAGAGAAGCUGUACGGAGAGGUGAUUUUUUUUGGAACACACUGUCACCAAGAGACUGACUUUCCACAUUUUCGUGCGGGGUGAAGGGAUAAAAAGGCGCAAUGGAGCAUGCAGAUCUUGUCGCGGAAAUGGCUCAAGUGGAGCAUCUCUCGACGCAGGAUCGUCUCCAGUUGGCACGAAUGCGACGAGCGCAGCAACUUAAAGUGGCAAAGCAGAAGGAGAAAGAGUGGCAAAAAUCCCAAAAUCGUCGCGAUCGGAAUUCCAAUGUGAGCUGCCGGAAGAAAAGGCAUAUUGAAUUUGAGAACAGCGUUAUGCUCCUGGAGGCUGCUGCGAGAAAUGAUAUCGUUGAGGUCGCAAAAUUACUACAAAAAGGCGUUACACCGGAUGCAACGAAUGAGGAUGGGCUCACGGCACUGCAUCAGUGCUGUAUUGACAACAAUGCAGAUAUGUUGCGCCUCCUUCUCGACUAUGGGGCAAAUGUAAAUGCACAGGAUAGCGAAAAGUGGACACCACUUCAUGCUGCCGCCACAUGUGGUCACCUCAAUCUCGUUAAGUUCCUCAUAAAUCGCGGUGCAAACUUACUGGCGGUCAAUGCGGACGGCAACAUGCCAUACGAUCUCUGUGAUGAUGAGGAAACGCUAGACUGCAUAGAGGCUGAAAUGUCCCGACGGGGUGUUACGCAGGAAUUGAUUGAUGAAACACGUGCUGGGACGGAGAUUAUGAUGUUGAAUGAUCUCGAGGAGAUUAGCAUUAUGGGUGGUGAUCUCGAGAUGCCGGAUCAUCAGGGAGCUACACCGCUUCACAUUGCCGCUGCCAAUGGAUAUGCGAGAGUUGUGGAAUUUCUCCUUGAUCAGCAUAUCGUUGUGGAUGCUGUGGACAAUGAUCUGUGGACGCCUGUUCAUGCGGCGGCAUGUUGGGGGCAUCUUGAAGUACUUGAAAUGUUGGCUCAGGCGGGAGCGGAUUUAAAUGCCAAAAAUAGGAAUGAUGAGACACCGUCAGAUAUUUGCGAAGAUGCGGAAAUAAGGGAGAGAAUCGAACAAUUAAGAACAGAGCAGGAGAGCAAGAGAUUAGCAGAGGCACAAAAACGUCGAGUAAAGCGAUCCCAAAGUAACAAUACAAGGGCCCAAUCUGUCCGUCGAACAUCACUGAGGGACAAAACACUAACAACAAAGAAGGACGCCGUGGAGGAGGCGCGACUACGGCUACAAGCACAAGAGGGCUACACCACAACGGAUGGUACAACACCAGAACCAAUAUCCCUGGCAUCGGAAGCAUCAGCCCCAUCACUAAGGACGGGCAAUAAUAAUUGCAACCAUACUGCAAACAAUAAUGGGGGUAGCAUCCAACAAAAUGGUUCAGCACCUGGCAGUGGUGGUGGCAAUAAUAACAACAAUACUCGAUAUCCUCAGAGCAAUUUAACAUUUGCAUCGGCAACGGCAUUCAGUAGCACGCAAUCAUCUAUUAGCACAAAUCCAAAUCACAUUGAUGGCUCACCAACGGCGUCCCACAAUCGACGGUCACCAGAGGGAAAGGAUAAUGAAAUGAGUAGUUUGGGCUACAUGACGGAGGAUAGUACGAAGAAGAUGCUUGUAAAUAACAAUGCUCUCGUAUCGCAACGCAACAGUGCCGCCAGCUCAACAGACCUGACUGCAACGGAAUUCUACACGGCGAGCAAUGAGAAUGGGAAGAUUAAUGUUCAAGUCACGGUUCUAUUUGAUCACUCCAUCGCAGGAACAUUGGCAGACCUGAAGAAGCAUCGUGCCCAAUCGAGGAAUAGCAAUAGCCCGGAGAAUGGAUCAAUUCUCACGACACAGAGUCUCACAGGUGGGACAACAUGCCCUGGUGGUGGUGCAUCACCUGCCGUUGAGCUAUCACUCGUCUCAUCGCCCAGCCUGCAGACAACACCGGCAAAAUUUAGUGGUAUCACGGGGGAUGUUGUGAGCGAUAGUACGCGCUCCCGGAAGUGCUGUGUGAUUAUGUAAGAAUCCCUCAAGAACACUAAAAAGAAUAUUUCCUAAUUUUUUUUUUUGCUCAUUUAGUCUUCGUUUUUCUUUCUUCACGAGAAAAAUUUGUCUUAUUUGACUCUAUAAAAAUAAAAAUAAUUACAAAAUGAUAUAUUGCAAAAUUGAUACCAUAAAAAUCCGUUGAAAAGCUCAAACACGAGAAAAGCUUAAUUGAAGCUCAAUGGAUUUAUUUCAUUGUGCAAGCAUUUGUGAUAAUCCCGUGUUACUUGUUGGUUCUGUAUUAAAGUAUAGAACAAAUUUAAAAACUGAUUGAAAAAACUAUUUGAUUCUAAAGCUUGCAACGGAAGCAUAUUCCAUAAAUCAAUAAUAAAUUUAUUUACAUAAAAA